UAUGUUAUAAUCUCACAAUAAUGGAACCACUAGUCAAGAAUAUAAAAUAGUAGUUGAGAAAUACUAAAAAUAUUUGGAUGAAAGAUCUAAAUUGAAACAUUAAUCCAAUGAUAAGUUAAGUGCUGCUGUUAGAAAGAUUUAUCUGAAUCCUCUCCUUCCAUCAUUAUAAUCUGAUCAUUAAUAAUCAACAAAUCGUAUGAGAAAAAGACAAUCAUCCCUAUUAAAAGAAUAAUAUUCUCAUUUUAAACAAGAAUCUAUUGAGUAAAUUAAUACUAACAUCUAAUAAUCAAUAGUUAAUCAUUAAUCAAACUCUAUACCUAAAAAAUAAUAACAUUAAUCAUAAGUUAAUCUCGAAACACCACAAUAAUAAAGUUUUUUUGUUGGCUUAUAUAAAAAUUAGAGGAUUGAUAAUUAAAGCAGAAAUAUUACCAUUAAAGACUUAGUUUAAUUUUAAAAAAAUUCAUCAGAAUAAUAAAAUAUCAGUCAUUUACCUUAAUUGUAAUAACCAUAAAAUGAGAUUAAUUUGAAUAGAUAUUUUGUCAGAAAACCAAGACAAAAAAAGAUCUCUUUUGAUGAAAUCUCUUUUACAAAUAAAUGGGAAAGAGAAAGAGGAAAUAAUGUUGUUAGAAUUGAUAAAAUGCAAGCUGAUGAAUUUUCAGAAAAUGUUGUUCAAUAUCUUCUAUCCUAAGAUAUUAUGAAGUUAUUCUUUUAAAAUUCUAGUGUUAUUUAAUUAAAAACAAUAAUGCAUGAACUUUUAAAAGGAGUUUAUUAUGAAAGCACAUUAGAUUUUGGACAAAUAAUCUCAUUUUUUACAACACAGUAAAUUACAUAUUUGGAAAUAUUUUAUAUAAAAUAUGCAAUCUCAUAGGUAUUGAUAAAUGCUAAAUAUAACUUUAUUUUUGUCGAAAGAGCUCUUAAUUAAUUCGAAGAAUAUCGUUAUCUUUUAUAAAAACCAAUACCAUUUAUUACUAAAUUAUUUGAUAAUGCCUUUUACUCCAAUUUUAUUAAAAGCUUUCUUAUGAAAUUAUUAAAAAGUCCUGCUUAUAAUAAAUUUUUGACAAAUCAUAAAUUUGAAAGUGAAUCAUUUAUUUAUGCAGUAAAGAAUGGAUUAUUUCCUUUUUUGGUUGGUGAAUAUGUAGCUUUGCCUUUACAUACAAGAAUAAAAGAUGUUAAGGCUGAACUAUUUCGAUAGUAAAUACUAUUACCAUAUAUUAACCAAAUUCUUAUUAUUUAAGUUAAAAAUUUACUCAAUGAAUAUUAUCUUGAUGAACUUUAUAUUAAAGAUGUGGAAAGAAGAUUUCAAUUUCCUAAAGAAGGUUAAGAUCUAUCAGAAGAAGCACAUUUUCCUCUUUAUUACAUCAAAUCUUACAUAUAAUGUAAGAAUACUCUUAUACCAACUUGUGACAUUAAAGCUUUAAUAAAAAUAAUAAAAAUUAAUCCUUGCUAAUUGGAUUCAGAUUAAACACUAUUUGCAGAUAAUAUCAAAUUUUUAGAAUAAUUUGAAUAAAUGACUGAAGAAUUGUAAAUAUUGAAAUGA